AUGCAGUGUUGAGAAUACAAACAGGCAGGGGUUCACUCUGCAGGAUCAGUUGUGCUAGAAUUCCGACACGGAACACACGCGUGAGCGCAAACGUCAAAAUGAACGCAACCAUGGAACAAAACGUGCUUCGAGCGAAAAUUAUCACAAUGUCCAGCCUUUUUAGUAUAUCAAUGGUAGUGGGUUGCUUGCCGAUGUUGAUAUCCAUGAAAUUCAAGUGGUUCACUCCUUCUAAUGGAUCGAAUAUGAGGACUUCUAAUCAGUUUGUGAUGGGGUUAUUGGCAUUUGGUGGUGGAGUUCUUUUUGCGACUACGUUUAUGCAUCUGUUGCCGGAAGUUGACCAUAAUAUUAAAUUAUUACAAGAACAAGGUCUGUUGCCUGAAUUGCCCAUUUACCUAGCAGCACUAAUCAUGUGCAGCGGAUUUUUUAUGAUGUAUCUCGUAGAGGAAUUAGUCCAUGUGUAUAUCAACAGCAGAGAAAACAAGACCGCAAAUACAAGCUUCACAAGAGUUCUCAGUAUACGAAGAAAUAAUACCGACGCUGAAGGUGGUUCUGAGGUCCAAGUUAUCAAAGAAGUGGUGGUUCCACCUAAUCAUGGACACAGUCAUCUUGCAGUGCAACCGGAUGAUACAAUAGUAGCGGCGUUAAGAGGACUACUUAUUGUAUUGGCGUUAUCAAUACAUGAACUAUUCGAAGGCUUGGCUGUAGGCUUGGAAUCUUCAUCCAGAAGUGUUUGGUAUAUGUUCGGUGCCGUGUCUGCUCACAAAUACAUAAUCGCAUUUUGUAUCGGCGUGGAGCUUCUGGCGGCUGGCACAAAGCGCUGGCUUUCUGUGGUCUACAUAUUCACUUUCUCCUUUGUAUCUGCUCUCGGGAUUGGAGUUGGGAUCCUGCUUGUAGGAGGAUCGGGCGCGGCCGCAGCUGGUCUAUACUCUGUUGUGUUGCAGGGUUUGGCGUGCGGCACUCUCGUGUACGUGGUAUUCUUCGAGGUAUGGAGACAAGACCGUACUGGACUGUCGCAGUUCGUCUGCUCGAUCUUCGGGUUUUCACUAAUGGUUGCAUUAGAAGCUGUAGCCCAAUCGUUUGUUUGACGUCAUCAGCGUGCGAGGAGUUUGAAAAGCAGUUAUUGUGAUUUGUAAAUAGGUACUAUGUUUAUUAAUUAAGUGGUGUGAUAAAUAUUUGUAAAUAAAGUUUAAUUUAUUAAA